AGCUGGAUUCCAUAUAGAGCUCAAGGCCUUCUCCUUUUGUUCCUCCCGCUAAUUUAUUGCCUUUCGCACAUAUUUUCCCAAAUUAAGACUGGUGGAAAAUGGCUAUCGAAAGUGUUGGUGAAUCCAUUGUAUCUAAGAUAGCAGAACUCUUGGUGGAACCAGCAAUAAGGCAGUUCCGUUACAUGUUCUGUUUCAACAAUUUUGUUCAAGAAUUCAAUGAACAAAAGAAGAACCUGGCUUUGACACUAGAUCGUUUGCAAAAGGCUGUUCAAGUUGCUGAAAGGAACGCUGAAGAAAUUGAGAAAGAUGUCAACAAAUGGCUGGAGGAUGCAAACAACGAAAUCAAAGGUGUGAAUCCUUUGGAAAAUGAAACGGGAAAAAAUGGCAAAUGCUUUACUUGGUGUCCAAAUUGGAUACGACAAUUCAAGUUAAGCAAGGCACUGGCAAAGAAGACGGAGACUUUGAGAAACCUUGAAGAAAAUAGCAAAAAGUUUCCAACAGUGUCCCACAAAGCACCUCUUCAAGACAUAGAAUUUCUUCCAUCAAAGGGAUUCACACCCUCAGAAUCAUCAAAAGAAGCUUUUGAACAAAUUAUGAAAGCUCUCAAAGAUGAUAGUGUUAAUAUGAUCGGACUGUACGGCAUGGGAGGGGUUGGUAAAACCACCCUGGUGAAAGAAGUAGGCAGGAGAGCAAAAGAGUUGCGUCUUUUUGAUGAAGUUUUGAUAGCCACGGUGUCCCAGAAUCCAAAUGUCACAGACAUUCAGGAUCAAAUGGCAGAUAGUUUAGGUCUGCGUUUUGACGAGAAAAGUAAAAAAGGGAGAGCAGAUCGAUUAUGGCAGAGACUGCAGGGAAAGAAGAUUCUUAUAAUUGUAGAUGAUGUCUGGAGAGUUAUUAACCUGGAAGAGAUAGGGAUCCCAUUUGGUGAUGCUCACGGGGGUUGUAAAAUUCUUCUAACAACACGUCUUAAGGAUAUAUGUUCUUAUAUGGAGUGCCAGCAAAAAGUAUUGUUAAGUCUCUUAACUGAAAAUGAAGCAUGGGCUUUAUUCAAAAUCAAUGCAGGUUUACAUGAUGAGGACUCUACCUUGAACACAGUGGCAAAGAAGGUUGCGAGAGAAUGUAAAGGAUUGCCUAUAGCACUUGUGACAGUGGGAAGGGCUUUAAGAGAUAAAUCUGCUGUUGAGUGGGAAGUAGCGUCUAAAGAGCUCAAAAACUCUCAAUUUCAGCACAUGGAACAAAUUGAUGAAGAAAAAAAUGCAUAUGCAUGUCUUAAGUUGAGUUAUGCUUAUUUGAAGCACGAGAAAACCAAAUUAUGUUUCUUGCUAUGCUGUUUAUUUCCAGAAGAUUACAACAUUCCAAUUGAGGACUUGACGAGAUAUGCAGUUGGCUACGGGUUACAUCAAGAUGCGGAGUCCAUUGAAGAUGCAAGGGAACGAGUUUAUGUGGAGAUACAAACCCUCAAAGAUUGUUGUAUGCUGUUAGAAACUAAAAGUGAAGAAUAUGUGAAAAUGCAUGACUUGGUUCGUGAUGUUGCUAUUCAGAUAGCAUCAUCAGAAAAAUACGGAUUCAUGGUAAAGGCUGGCUUUGGGUUGAAGGAGUGGCCAAUGAGCAAUAAAAGCUUUGAAGGUUGUACUGUAGUUUCGUUAAUGGGCAAUAAACUAGCAGAACUUCCUGAAGAAUUGGUGUGUCCACAGCUCAAAGUUCUUUUAUUAGAACUGGAUGAUGAUUUGAAUGUUCCAGAGAGGUUUUUUGAAGGGAUGAAAGCAAUAGAAGUUUUGUCUGUACAUGGAGGGUGUUUGUCAUUGCAAUCACUUGAACUCUCAACGAACCUUCAGUCGUUGCUGUUGAGAAGGUGUGAAUGCAAGGACCUCAAUUGGUUGAGAAAGCUGCAAAGACUUAAGAUUCUUGUUUUCAUGUGGUGCGACUCCAUUGAAGAAUUACCUGAUGAAAUUGGGGAGCUCAAGGAGUUAAGGUUGUUGGAUGUUACAGGUUGUGAAUUGCUAAGAAGGAUUCCUGUGAAUUUGAUUGCAAGGUUGAAGAAGUUAGAAGAACUGUUGAUCGGGGAUGAGAGCUUCAAGGGAUGGGAUGUUGUUGGAUGUGACAGCGCAGAAGGAAUCAAUGCAAGCCUAACAGAACUAAGUUCGCUGUCUCAUUUAGCUGUAUUAUCAUUGAAGAUACCGAAGGUUGAAUGCAUUCCCAGAGAUUUUGUUUUUCCCAGGUUGCUCAAAUAUGAUAUAGUGUUAGGGGAUUGGUAUUCAGAACUCGAUAAAGAAUACCCAACCUCGACAAGAUUAUAUUUGGGUGAUAUAAGCGCCACAUCCUUGAAUGCAAAGACAUUUGAGCAGUUGUUUCCUACCGUGUCUCAUAUUUGUUUUUGGAGAGUGGAGGGUUUAAGAAAUAUAGUAUUGUCCUCUGAUCAGAUGACCUCCCAUGGCCAUGGGUCGCAAAAGGACUUCUUACAAAGAUUAGAAUAUGUCAAAGUGAAAGAAUGUGGGGAUAUUCGCACUCUGUUUCCAGCAAAAUGGCGGCAAGCUUUGAAAAAUCUAAGGAGAGUGAAAACUUAUGACUGCAAAUCAUUGGAAGAGGUAUUUGAAUUUGAUGAGGCUGAAGAAGGAAUUAACAAGGAGAAGGAGCUGCCGCUACUGUCAUCUUUAACAACGUUACGGUUGUCAGAUUUACCUGAGCUCAAAUAUAUAUGGAAGGGGCCCACUAGACAUGUCAGCCUCCAAAGUCUUAUUUAUCUGAAGUUGUCGUCUCUUAACAAACUGACAUUUAUCUUCACACCGUCCCUCGCUCAAAGUCUUAUUCAUCUGGAAACACUAGAGAUAGCACAUUGCGAUGAAUUGAAGCAUCUUAUCAGAGAACAGGAUGACGAAAUGAGGACAGAGUCUCUUGGCUUCCCGAAACUAAAAACUCUCUCUAUAAGAUUCUGUGGUAAACUUGAAUAUGUUUUCCCUGUCUCCGUGUCUCCAAGUCUUCAGAACCUGGAAGAGAUGGAGAUUGAUUUUGCUGACAAUUUAAAGCAAGUAUUUUACAGUGGAGAAGGAGAUGACGUCAUCGUCAAGUCUAAAAUUAAAGAUGGCAUCAUCGACUUCCCUCAGCUAAGAAAAUUGUCUCUUUUUUCCGUAUCAAGUUGCAGCUUUUUUGGUCCAAAGGAUUUUGCUGCCCAAUUGCCUUCUUUGCAAGAGUUAACCAUUGAUGGCCUCGAAGAAUGGGGUAAUUUGUUGGCACAGCUUCGAGGGCUUACAAGUUUGGAAACAUUAGAGUUGUCCUUCCUGCUUGUGCCUGACUUGAGGUGUAUAUGGAAGGGUCUCGUGCCAUGCAAUUUGACUACUUUGAAGGUGAAAAAGUGUGAGAGACUGACACAUGUAUUCACAGAUAGCAUGAUUGCUAGUCUAGUUCAACUGAAAGUUCUAGAGAUAUCAGCUUGUGAGGAAUUGGAGCAAAUCGUUGCUAAGGAUAAUGAUGAUGAAAAGGAUCAGAUAUUUUCAGGAAGUGAUCUCCAAUCUGCAUGUUUUUCUAAUUUGUGUCGACUUGAGAUCAGAGGAUGCAACAAGUUGAAGAGUCUCUUCCCGGUAGCCAUGGCUUCAGGUCUCAAAAAGCUCCAAAUACUUAAAGUAAGAGAAUCCUCUCAAUUAUUGGGAGUAUUUGGGCAGGAUGAUCAUGCUUCACCUGUCAAUGUUGAGAAGGAGAUGAUGCUCCCUGAUCUGCAGGAGUUGUUGCUUGUACAAUUACCAAGUAUUUCCUGCUUUAGUCUCGGAUGUUAUGAUUUCUUGUUCCCUCAUUUGAAGAAGUUGGAGGUGGAUGGAUGCCCAAAGCUGACCACAGAAUCUGCUACUACAUCAAAUGACUCAAUGAGUGCUCAAUCAGAGGGGUUUAUGAAUUUGAAAGAAAUAUCUAUUGGAAACUUGGAAGGAGUACAAGAUUUAAUGCAAGUUGGACGUUUGGUAACUAAUAGAAGAGGUGGGCGUGAACUUUCACUCGUUAGUUUGGAAACAUUACGCUUGAACUUAUUGCCAGACUUGAGGUGUAUAUGGAAGGGUAUCCUGCCGAGCAAUUUGACUACUUUGAAGGUGAACGACUGUAAGAGACUGACACAUGUAUUCACAGACAGCAUGAUUGCUAGUCUAGUUCAACUGAAAGUUCUAGAGAUAUCAGCUUGUGAGGAAUUGGAGCAAAUCGUUGCUAAGGAUAAUGAUGAUGAAAAGGAUCAGAUAUUUUCAGGAAGUGAUCUCCAAUCUCCAUGCUUCCCUAAUUUGUGUCGACUUGAGAUCACAGGAUGCAACAAGUUGAAGAGUCUCUUCCCGGUAGCCAUGGCUUCAGGUCUCAAAAAGCUCCAGAUACUUAAAGUAAGAGAAUCCUCUCAAUUAUUGGGAGUAUUUGGGCAGGGUGAUCAUGCUUCACCUGUCAAUGUUGAGAAGGAGAUGGUGCUCCCUGAUCUGCAGGAGUUGUUGCUUGUACAAUUACCAAGUAUUUCCUCCUUUAGUCUCGGAUGUUCUAAUUUCUUGUUCCCUCAUUUGAAGAAGUUGGAGGUGGAUGGAUGCCCGAAGCUGACCACAAAAUCUGCUACUACAUCAAAUGACUCAAUGAGUGCUCAAUCAAAGGCGUUUAUGAAUUUGAAAGAAAUAUCUAUUGGAAACUUGGAAGGAGUACAAGAUUUAAUGCAAGUUGGACGUUUGGUAACUAAUAGAAGAGGUGGGCAUGAACUUUCACUCGUGAGUUUGGAAACAUUAUGCUUGAACUUAUUGCCAGACUUGAGGUGUAUAUGGAAGGGUCUCGUUCCGAGCAAUUUGACUACUUUGAAGGUGAAAGAGUGCAAGAGACUGACACAUGUAUUCACAGACAGCAUGAUUGCUAGUCUAAUUCAACUUCAAGUUCUAGAGAUAUCAAAUUGUGAGGAAUUGGAGCAAAUCAUUGCUAAGGAUAAUGAUGAUGAAAAUGAUCAGAUAUUGUCAGGAAGUGAUCUCCAAUCUUCAUGCUUCCCUAAUCUGUGGCGACUUGAGAUCAGAGGAUGCAACAAGUUGAAGAGUCUCUUCCCAGUAGCCAUGGCUUCAGGUCUCAAAAAGCUCCGAAUACUUAGAGUAAGAAAAUCCUCUCAAUUAUUGGGAGUAUUUGGACAGGAUGAUCAUGCUUCACCUGCCAAUAUUGAGAAGGAGAUGGUGCUCCCUGAUCUGCAGGAGUUGUUGCUUGUACAAUUACCAAGUAUUUCCUCCUUAAGUCUCGGAUGUUCUAAUUUCUUGUUCCCUCAUUUGAAGAAGUUGGAGGUGGAUGGAUGCCCGAAGCUGACCACAAAAUCUGCUACUACAUCAAAUGACUCAAUGAUUGCUCAAUCAAAGGCGUUUAUGAAUUUGAAAGAAAUAUCUAUUGGAAACUUGGAAGGAGUACAAGAUUUAAUGCAAGUUGGACGUUUGGUAACUAAUAGAAGAGGUGGGCAUGAACUUUCACUCGUGAGUUUGAAAACAUUAUGCUUGAACUUAUUGCCAGACUUGAGGUGUAUUUGGAAGGGUCUCGUGCCGAGCAAUUUGACUACUUUGAAGGUGAAAAAGUGUGACAGACUGAUACAUGUAUUCACAAUCAACAUCAUUGCUAGUCUAGUCCAACUUCAAGUUCUAAAGAUAUCAAAUUGUGAGGAAUUGGAGCAAAUCAUUGCUAAGGAUAAUGACGAUGAAAAUGAUCAGAUAUUGUCAGGAAGUGAUCUCCAAUCUUCAUGCUUCCCUAAUCUGUGGCGACUUGAGAUCAGAGGAUGCAACAAGUUGAAGAGUCUCUUCCCAGUAGCCAUGGCUUCAGGUCUCAAAAAGCUCCGAAUACUUAGAGUAAGAAAAUCCUCUCAAUUAUUGGGAGUAUUUGGACAGGAUGAUCAUGCUUCACCUGUCAAUGUUGAGAAGGAGAUGGUGCUCCCUGAUCUGCAGGAGUUGUUGCUUGUACAAUUACCAAGCAUUGUCUACUUCAGUCAUGGAUGUUAUGAUUUCAUAUUCCCUCGUUUGUGGAGGUUGGAGGUGCGUCAAUGUCCAAAGCUAACCACAAUAUUUGGUACUACAGCAAAUGGUUCAAUGAGUGCUCAAUCAGAGGUAUCUCAAGUAGCUGAGGGUUCCAGCACUGGUUGCUCCGUGCCAACCAGCACUGCUAGAAGUUGGACCCGAAGAAAUGGGUGGAAAGAGGAAAAAGAGGAAGAGGAUGGAGUCAGAUGAUUAGUUUGGCAUUGGAAUUUGAAAAACAUGGUAGUAAUUCAUUCUUGCAGGUUGGUUGGUUACCUAUGUGAUGAUCAACUCGACAUUGGUGGGAAGUAAUUCCAGCUGUUUCAUUAGCUACAACAAUUUGUCUUAUUUCAUGUGUUUGUUGUGUGAACUUCCAGAAAUAAGGGUAAUGUUAUGUGUUUAGUAAUUUAUUGUACGAACCUUCAAAAACGAAAGGCAUAAUGUUUACUCAUUUGUGUGCUUAUUGUUUAAUGUGUGGAUUCUUAUUCUCCUCA